CCCUCCCUCAGGCAGUAGAGCAGAGAGACUGGAAGCUCAGAGGCCAACUCUCCAGGCCCUCAGCUAGAGGCCUACCAUGGCACCUCUGAGGCCCCUUUUCAUGCUGGGCCUGCUGGCAUGGGUUGCUUUGGCUGAUCAAGAGUCCUGCAAGGACAGAUGCACUGAGGGUUUCAAUGCCAACAAGAAAUGUCAAUGUGAUGAACUCUGUUCUUACUACCAGAGCUGCUGUGUUGAUUAUAUGGCAGAAUGCAAGCCCCAAGUGACUCGCGGGGAUGUGUUCAUUAUGGCGGAAGAUGAGUAUGGGGCCUAUGACUACCUGGAGGAGCCCAAGGAGAACGCCACCCUCUCUACACAGCCAGAGAGCUCCUCGCUGAGCCCUGACCUGCAACCCCACACUGCAGAGACUUCCACAGUGCAUGCAAGCUCUAAGGAGCCUGACGUGGGGACCUUAGGACCUGAGGAUGUGAGCCAAAGGCCUGGGACCACUGAUCAAGGAACCUCUGAGUCCCCAGCAAAGGAAGAGCUGUGCAGUGGGAAGCCUUUUGAUGCCUUCACCGACCUGAAGAAUGGUUCCCUUUUUGCUUUCCGAGGGCAGUAUUGCUAUGAGCUAGAUGAAACGGCAGUGAGGCCAGGGUACCCCAAGCUCAUCCGAGACGUUUGGGGCAUCGAGGGUCCCAUUGAUGCUGCCUUCACCCGCAUCAACUGUCAGGGGAAGACCUAUCUGUUCAAGGGGAGUCAGUACUGGCGCUUCGAAGAUGGUGUUCUGGACCCUGAUUACCCCCGGAACAUUUCUGAAGGCUUCAUUGGCAUCCCAGACAAUGUGGACGCAGCCUUGGCCCUCCCUGCCCACAGUUACAAUGGCCAGGAGAGGGUCUACUUCUUCAAGGGGAAGCGGUACUGGGAGUAUGAGUUCCAGCAGCAGCCCAGCCAGGAGGAGUGUGAAGGCAGCUCCUUGUCGGCUGUGUUUGAGCACUUUGCCUUGUUACAGCGGGACAGCUGGGAGGACAUCUUUGAGCAGCUUUUCUGGGGCAGACCCUCUGGUGGGGUCAAAGAGCCCCAGUUUAUCAGCCGGGACUGGCAUGGUGUGCCCGGGAAAGUGGAUGCAGCCAUGGCUGGCCGCAUCUACAUCUCUGGCUCAGCACUUCGCUCUUCCCGGACCAAGAAGCGAAAGUCCAGGCGUCGCAACCGCAGGCGCUACAGUUCACGCCGCACCCGUGGCCAACGGCGCAGUCGGGACCUGAGCUCUCGGAGGCCAUCGCGUUCCAUCCGGCUGCCUUGGUUCUCCAGUGAGGAGAGUGGGCCGGGAACCUACUAUUAUGAUUACGACAUGAGCUGGCUCGUGCCUGCCACCUGCGAGCCCAUCCAGAGUGUCUACUUCUUCUCAGGAGAUAAGUAUUACCGAGUCAACCUUCGCACCAGGCGAGUGGACACCGUGAGUCCUCCCUACCCACGCUCCAUCGACCAGUACUGGCUGGGCUGUCCAGCACCUGGCAAGUAGGAGUCAGAGCCUGUCAGCUGGGCCUUGGAAUCCUCCAGCCUCUCUUUCCCAGCCCAAUAAAGUUCCUUGACUUCGACUUUAAAA